AUGUUUACAGACAUCAUAUUUCCCCUCAAUCGGCUUGAAAGUGCUGAGGUGGUCAUCGCCACCUUGGCGGGCUUGGUGUUCUAUCAUUCUCUGAAAACCAUAUAUCGCCUCUGGUUUCACCCAUUAUCCAAAUUCCCCGGUCCAAAACUUGCGGCUGCGACUAGCGUAUACGAAUUCUACUACAGUGUUAUCCAAGAUGGCAUGUUUCCAUGGAAAAUCAAGGAGAUGCAUGAGAUCUAUGGACCCGUUGUUCGCAUCACCCCACAUGAGCUUCACUUCAGUGAUCCAGACUUCUACAACGAAAUUUAUACGGGGCAAAUGAAACCCAGAGAUAAAUUUGUCCCCUUUUACCAAUUUACCGGAGCAGUCACGUCGGCCUUCGAGACCCAUGAUGCCAAGCUGCACAAUUCUCGUCGUCAGCCUCUGAUGAAUGUGUUCGCCAAGAAGGAGGUAACGAAGAUGGAGCCGCUUAUCAUGAGCAAAAUCAAAAUCCUGGCACAAAGAUUUGAGAGAGCUAUCAAGGAGCAGACUCCGAUUCAGCUAGACUCAGCAUUUGCCGCUCUCACGUCGGAUAUCAUUUCCGAGUAUGGAUACGGAAGAUGUCUCGAAUACUUGCAUGAUGAUGCCUUCAAGAGUGAUAUCAGAGAGAGUCUGCUUGCCAGUCUCUCUCUAUUUCACAUCAUCAGAUUCGUUCCGGCUAUCAUGAUGCUUGCAAAGGUUCUACCGUACAAACUUGUCAAGCUGCUGAACCCUCAGCUGAGUAAAGUCCUGGCUCUCCGGCGCUUGAUCCUCGAGAUGACAGUGGGAGAGCUGGAUAAAUUGGAGAAAAACAUUCCCAGUGACGCGAGGUUGGUGAAAUCACUUACUGCACCAAGCAUUCCAGAUUCAGAGAAGACAUUGGAGAGACUAGGGGACGAGGGGUUUGUUAUCCUGAAUGCCGGCGUGACAUCAGGAAAGAUCCUUGCGUUUACAGCAUUCCAUUUGCUCAACAAUGAUAAUGCGGUUUCCAAGAAGCUUUACGAUGAGCUGAAAGAAGCUUUUCCGGAUCCCAAGGCUAUAGAGAACGUUUCUCUAAGAGACCUCGAAUCACUACCAUAUUUGGUCAGUGUUCUCGCUAGAGAUUCACAUUUCAUAUUGUGGAAGCUAAGAAUGGAACAGAAAGGAGUCGUGUGGGAAGGUCUUCGCCUCGCACUUGGUCCUCUGACCAGACUUCCGCGAACCGCGCCCGCUGCUAGCCCACUGGUCUAUAAAGAUAAAAUGAUUCCACCCGGCACCGGUAUCAGUACCAGCAAUUACUUUCUUCAUAUGAACCCAGAGCUGUUUCCCAAUCCAACUGAGUUCCGACCAGAAAGAUGGUCCGAAAAUCCAGAGAAGGCGCAGACUCUUCAGAAUUAUAUCGUUACUUUUGGCAAAGGAACUAGGCAUUGUCUUGGUAAAGCGUACCUAUACAUGACUAUGGCUGUGCUAACGAGGUCCUUUGGGAUGGAGUUGUAUGAGACAAGUGAGAAGGACGUUGAAGUAGCCAGGGAUCGCCUAUUUGGCUACCCGAUGCAGCCUUCAAAAGGAGUUCGCAUUCUUCCUAAGGCCGUGAGAGCCUGA